UUUUCAGUUGCUGCCUGCGAGGGGGAAGAGAGGAAGACGAACUUUCGUCGCGAGUGUAAAUAGUGAUUUUUGUAGCCUUUUUUUUACAAACCGACCAUUUCUGGCUUCCUGGUGGAAUAGUGCGGAUUUUAUAGCGUUGGUGGACGAAAUAUGAAACCACGGCCGUGCCGCGGUUCGAGGCAAUACAUAGCGGAUGUACCAAUCACGGUGUUAGGCGCCGACCCACCCUCAUCAUGCCUACGUGCUCUGUUUUGAUUCGCCGCGCAGUUGUUCUCCUCGGAGCAGCUGCCGCCGUCCUGCUGGCCACGGCCACUGGGGUGGUUGCGGCGGGGGGCUCCGCUGCUGGAGGCUCGUCGAAAGCGCCAGAGGAUGUUGCGGCCACCGUCGAACAGCUCCCGUUUUGCGAUGAAGAUCUAGCCCGCCAACGUGACCUUAGCGAUGGAUUGGUUUUCGUUACAACCCUCGAUGGCAAAUUGUCGGCGCUGGACAUGCUCAACGGUGGUACGGAACGUUGGAGCAUCCAAACCGGUCCCGGACCGCUGCUCUCCUCCAGCAUUCACCGGCUGGAACUGACGAACAAUGGGAAAUGGGUGCGCAUGAUCCCGUCACUCGGUGGCAGCCUGUACAAGUUCGACGGGGAAUCGAUCGAACCGAUCCCUUUCAGUGCGGAAGAUAUGCUCAAGUCUUCGUUUAAAUUUUCGGAUGAUCUGGUGAUCUCGGGUGGCAAGGAAACGCGCUCGUACGGUGUUUCGCUGCAAACCGGCCGCCUGGUGUACGUGUGUACGAUGCAUGGUUGCAAGAAUGCGACGGAACUGGCGAUGGAGGCAUCUGCCCAGGGCAAGUAUGGUCCACCGAUGAGGGAUGAUGGUGGUCCGGUGGACGGUGGGACGAUCGAUUCCGUGCCGGACGAUGUGAUCGUCGUUCGCCGCCAAACGCAAACCGUGCGUGCCGUGGAAUCACGUACUGGCAGCGAACGCUGGAACUUUAGCAUCGGUCACCACGAGCUGGAGCGCAUGGGCAGCGAGGAUUGUCGCGGUGGACGGGAACGACAGGAGAUAAACCCGAUGGUGCUCGAUCUUGAGUUGCGUGUCAUCAUUCCGGAAGGUGUUAUAUGUGCCGUUAGUAAAAGCGCUCCGGGUAAGAUCGUGUGGCGACACAAGUUCGAGGUGCCGAUUGUAAGCGCCUGGCGCUCAUCGGCCGACAAGCGGGAUGGCAGUUUGGAGGUUGUGGAUCUUUUCGAUCGUACCGAUUGGCUAUGGAAUGGGAAUGUCGACGAGAGCAACGGCGAGAAGACGCAUAACGAUAAACCUCCGCUUGUGAACCCCUCGCUGUACAUUGGCAUGCACGAGAAGCAACUAUACAUCCAGGAAUCCGAUGCAUUGUUGCAGGGAAGUGGCGAAAACGGACAAGAGAUUGCUCUGCUAACCGAUGGGGAGAGCAAAUAUCCAGCAAUACCGUGGAAACCUCUUCCAGCAAGUCCACCGGUCGCAGGAUUACUCACAGAGGGUGGAAAAGAUACGGCGACCAUAGGGGGAUCCUCCUCGUCAACAGACGAUAGCGGUGAAUCGACGGCAAUCGGCCAAUCCGUUUUGUACGCUUCGAAUUAUAUCAACGGAAAUGGAUUCUUUCUUGUGGCAAAUACGGACGGCAAGGAGCGUUGUGAUCAUGACGAAGGAGAGCAUCACUCACAGGAUAACAGCUCGAACUCUCAUUUUCCGGAUGCGGCAGGCGUUGACGAUCUAGAUACAAUGUUCGACGUGCCUGUCAAGGUGAUCAUCGUUUCCAUGUGGUUCUGGUGGAAAGAAAUACUGAUCAUCUCCGUUACGACGGCCCUGGUACUCAAUAUGAUACUGAAGUUACGCCCUCCGAAGCUUCCCGUGAUGGUGGUUGUUGAACGGAAGGUGCAAAUGCCGAUACCGAUGGCGGUUGAAGCGAUCGAAGAGUUUCCUCCACCAACGAUGCGUGGCCGGAUGCCAGCGACUCGCAGCUAUUCGGAAUCGAACUCCAAUGAGAGCCAGCCAGCGGUAGCGGCAUUGGCAGCCGAGAGUUACACCUCGCGCUUCCGAGAGGAUUUCGAUCUAAUGCAGUGCCUCGGCAAGGGUGGUUUUGGAGUGGUUUUUGAGGUUCGUAAUAAGCUGGACGAUUGCCGAUACGCUAUCAAGCGUGUCGUGCUUCCGAAUAAACCGGAAUCGAAGGAUCGUGUAAUGCGCGAGGUAAAAACGCUCGCUCAUUGCGAACAUCAGAACAUUGUGCGGUACUUCCACGCCUGGAUCGAAACACCGCCACCAGGAUGGCAAGAGCAGCACGAUCGCGAAUGGAUCGAACGUAACUGUCUGUCCACAUCCAUCGAUAUUGAAACCCCAACCGAUACGCAGCCGCCGGUGGGUCUUUCACGAAACGUCCCAACGCUUUCAUCGCAAUCGUCAUUCCGUACCGGAUCGAAAGAGAAAGAUCUACCAUUCCGGCAAAAGGGCACCGUUUGGAUGCCUUCGUUUCCGGAGGCGAACGGAACAUCGUUCACCAACGGUGGCGGCGAUGCGCUAAGGUUAGAGCAAAGCGAGAGCUGCUCCUUCAUCGAAUUCCGUGCCGAUGCAGACCAGUCGACAUGUCAACGAUCUCGCGAGGAGUCAUCAUCGGAUACAUCGGAAUCUGAAUCCGAAUCCGAAUCCGAUUCAAAUAAUACAGAUGGUGGCGUGGGAAAAAAUUGGAACCAUGCGGAUGACGAUUCGCUAGAUAUCGUGUUUAAAGAGCCGUCAUCAAGCAGUGCUCUACCAGUACCAGUACCGGGGCCACCGAAUGGAAUGCAUCAUGUAGUUUCGAUCGAUGAAGGUCCUUCACAAUCAAUCCGUACAGAGAAUCCAUUCCGCAAAACACACCGGCGUCCACUGUCGCUCGAUCUGACGAGCACGGGACACGUUCGAAAAAGGGCAAACGACGAUGCUCUAUCCUCGCUAGAUCUCUCUUCUAGGCGUGACCAUUCUCAACCGUUACCGCGGAGCAAUAAAAUCUAUCUCUACAUCCAGAUGCAGCUAUGCCACAAACAGUCGCUCAAGGAGUGGCUCAGCUUGAACGGAUUGCUAGUGCGGCGUGAUAAGAUUGUGCCAAUCUUCGAGCAGAUCGUCUCGGGCGUUGAAUACGUCCAUCUGAAGGGACUGAUACACAGGGACCUGAAACCGAGCAACAUCUUCUUUUCGCUCGAUGGCAAGAUUAAGAUCGGUGACUUUGGACUCGUGACGGACUCGAGCGAGCUGCAGUACGAUAGUGAAAACAAUAUGCCUUCGAUGAGUCGCAAUCGCCAUACGCGUCAGGUUGGCACGCAGCUGUACAUGUCACCGGAACAGCUGCGCGGACUACCUUACGAUUACAAGGUGGAUAUCUUUUCGCUGGGGUUGAUCCUAUUUGAGCUGCUCGUCAGUUUUGGCACGGAAAUGGAGCGUAUCUGUACACUGAAGAGCGUACGCAAGAGUAUCUUCCCCGAUGGGUUCGAUCAAGAGUACCAGUCUGAGCAUAAGCUACUAUCGUCCAUGUUGUCCGAGUCACCCAAGAAGCGACCGACAACGUUCGGCAUUAAGGCACAUCCGCCGUUUAAGCGAAUGCUUUCCAACAAAUCGUCCAACUCGCUGGGUGUCGUCGAUGAAACGCUGGUCGUCAACGGCGAUCCGGUAGCGGCCAAUGGAUCGGUCGAGUUGGAAGAGGGAGACGAGUGGCAUUUUGAGCUGCCACCGAGAAGAAAAGAUAGCCGAACGUACAGUUCGUCCGGAUCGGGUUCCGGUGGUGCCAGUGCCAACAAUAAUCCCUCUAACUAACUAACUAACGCUGUAAGCAUUUAUCAUUGGAGCAUGAUAGUACGCCUAGGCCAGGAAAUGCGAUCAAGAGAGAAGCUGUAUAGUUAUUAAGCUAUUUAUAUGCCGUAU